AGAAUGAAAUUGAUGGUGAUGCUUUUGUGCUAUUAAACGAUCAAGCAAUAAAGGCAAUGAUAAAAAAGCAGGGUCUGCUUUUGAAAUUUGAGAAAAAGUUCGAACAACUGAAAGAAAAAGAUUUGAAGGAAAGUGCCUCUAUUCCCACUAUCAGAAUAGAUUCUUCAGUAGAACAUACCACCAGCAUCCCGUCAACCUCUAUAAAGUCUUCGCCUAAGCUAAAGAUCAUUCAACCAGUGAUUAGUACAAAUGUGAUAAAAGAACAGUCUAAAAUAUAUGGCAGGUUCAAGGAUCAUGCCAAACUCUCAAGCUGGCAAGUAGCUGUAAAUGAUGCAGCAUUUGUAAUAGCACAAGAAGCACCAGACAAGAUGUAUCACCAUGCUCAGUUGAAAUUGGCUGCUGAGGAAAAAGCACGCAAAACCUACAUAUUCAAAAGAAAACAUGGAUCAAGAUCAAAAUUUGAAGAUGGAGAAAAUAUUCCUAAAAAGAAGAAAAUAUCAGGCACAGAGUGA